CAGUUCUAGCACUACCCACAAGGGGGAAGCCGGCGCUGCACUGCGCUGCCGAAUGCGCCUCUCUUCCUCUUCUUCAUCUUUGUGGUUAGCCUGGGAAAAGAACCCGCCUCCUAGCCCAUGAGGCUCUGGGCCGGAAGCUCUACUUUCUCUUCCUGUUCACCAUCAUGGCGCAGGAUCAAGGUGAAAAGGAGAAUCCCAUGCGGGAACUUCGCAUCCGCAAGCUCUGUCUCAACAUCUGUGUUGGGGAGAGUGGAGACAGACUGACCCGAGCUGCCAAGGUGUUGGAGCAGCUCACAGGGCAGACCCCUGUGUUUUCCAAAGCUAGAUACACUGUCAGAUCCUUUGGCAUCCGGAGAAAUGAAAAGAUUGCUGUCCACUGCACAGUUCGAGGGGCCAAGGCAGAAGAAAUCUUGGAGAAGGGCUUAAAGGUGCGGGAGUAUGAGUUAAGAAAAAACAACUUCUCCGAUACUGGAAACUUUGGUUUUGGGAUUCAGGAACACAUCGAUCUUGGUAUCAAAUAUGACCCAAGCAUUGGUAUCUACGGCCUGGACUUCUAUGUGGUGCUGGGUAGGCCAGGUUUCAGCAUCGCAGACAAGAAGCGCAGGACAGGCUGCAUUGGGGCCAAACACAGAAUCAGCAAAGAGGAGGCCAUGCGCUGGUUCCAGCAGAAGUAUGAUGGGAUCAUCCUUCCUGGCAAAUAAAUCCCCGUUUCUAUCCAAAAGGCCAAUCAAUAAAAAGUUUUCAGUGAAAUGU